CUCGGGACAGCUGAUCACAGAUCUCCCCUGAGCCAAUCCUGGUUUCCCUGAAGAGAUAUUCUGUCAACAGAUUUUGGGACAGCUUGAGUUCACUGGUCUCUCCUGAGCCAAUUCUGGUUUCCCUGAAGGUGUCACAUGGACCACCAACCACUGGUUGGUGGGUGGUGGGGAGUGGAUAAGUGUCGUUUUACCAGUGACUGCUACAAGGCUUGAUUUAUACCAGCAUUGCAGGAGUUUCCCUCCCACUCCAGGGUGGUACACCCAAUGGUCUUCCCAUAGUUUUGAUCCCGGCUGAUACGAAUACUAAACAAGUCAGAUCUCCAAAUGAAAACUGGCUGGAACGUUUUUGCAGUUAAUUACUGUGCUGGUUAGUCGUUGCAAUAUAUUCAGAUGAGAUUAACAACAGAACAGAAAUAUUUCACACACAAGAAGAAAUGCAAGAAAAAUAAAGCCACAUAGAAGGAGGGAGGAAUCAGACCAAAAGAUCUUAAAGCAAACAUCCAAAUGGAGUUUCAUCCUUUACCCUAACACUAUCUGUUCAUGAGACACAGAGACACAUUCCUAUCUCAGCACACCAUAUCUGCUCAACUGACUCUUUCCAGUUUCUUUCUCCUCAAGAGUGGACAUAUUUCUGCAAUUCUUUCCCAAGAUCAGGAGAAUAAACCAUUUAUUAAUCUGUUGGUGUAAACAUUUCCACCUCUAACAACUUGUAGUUUUCGAUUAAAGCUCUCCUGACCUGGAAUCUCCACAGACUGGAAUCAACAUCUGCUGGGUUGACUGAUGCCCUGAAAUGAGCUGAAUUACUUUGUUGGCCUGCUCAGAUUGAAUUUAUUCUCCUACAAACUGAACUCUGGGUCGUUUCAACCUUCUGUUCUGUAAAGAUCACAACAUCUUAUUUUAGUUUAGUAUUGAUUAUGAGUUGAAUUGGGACAAGGAUUCUUGUCCAGUUAAGGACCGAGGAAGGUGUUGCUAUCCCUUGAGAAAGCUACUUAGUGAAACUCAUUACAAGCUGUGUUUCCAGUGUUUCUUUGACAGCAGUGCUAGAAGAUUGUGUUAGGUGUUAGAUGUUAGAGUUCCAGAUGUAUAAUGUGAGAUCUGACCAGCAACAAGCCGCUGAUUAGUUUGUCCAGCCAUGACCAAUUUUGGAUGCCAGAGGUCAUCUACCUAAUGCCAACUCUGUGCUUCCUUCCUGGGUAGUUGAUGAGUUGGGAGGCUGCGGUGAAUGUUUCUGUGGGAAGCCCUCUGACAAGGAGGUUUCUCUCUCCCUCUCUGGUAAAACCAGAAGCUGAACGUUGGAAGUCAUUGUGAGCUCUUGCUAUUAUGUUACCAUGUGGAACAGUCACUCCGUGUGCCCUGUGAAAAUAUGAAGGAAGCUGAGGAAAGGAUCAGCGAACUGAAGGAUUUGGGAAACAAAUGGACCACCCACUGUUUGGGAAAAGAUCCAUGUUGUUCAGCGUGGAGGGGACCGAUAGAGAACCUUUGUUUUUUGGAUGUGUAAUGUGAGGCCCAUUCUCUCCCAGUUGUUGGUGAAUGUGUUGACAAUAGUUUGUAGGCUGGCCUUGCGAGUUUGCUCACACGUGGGCAGUGUUAGUGUACUGCAGCUCAAUGACAGAGGCUCGGCUCUUCCUGGAUCUGGCCUGGAGGUGUCCAAAGUUGAACAAUUUCCUGCUCACUCUGCAGAACAACUUUAUUUUUUCCUACAUUAUACUGUUUGCCAACAUUUUGUCCACUUAUAGUAUGUAUCAAUAUCUCUCUGUAAAAGGUGAGUAUCCCUCCCACAACCUGCCUUUCCAGUUGUUUUGUUGCCAAAUUUGGCUGCAGUCCAUUCACUUCAUUCCUCCCUGUCAUUGAUAUACAAUGUAAACGGUUGCAGUCCCAGCGCAGAUCCCUGUGGAAUCUUGCAGAAACACCUGUCUGUUCCCUUCAUGAUUGAAUCUGCUAUGACACAGCCUUCCCACACUUUCUCCUCCUUCCCCGCAAUUGUCACUUUAUCAUCAUCAAGAGAUAGGAGCACAGGUCAUUUCUCCACUUUGAUAGAAGCUUCCAGCUGUGGGAGUUUGAGUUUCUAUUGAGGGCAGAGAAGUUGUUAUAAAUAAAUAAAUUAAAAGAUUAGCUAAGUUAAAGGUGGAAAAAAGAUCAAGUUCAGGGAGACUGCAAGCAAAACACUUGAAUAGGUCUUCAGCAGAACUGGUUUUGUGCUUCUUCCUGGAUUUUGGAAGUUGUUAGAAUUGAGAGUAGAGUCUGAAUUUUCGGAACUUGGCUGAGGUAACAUCAAUCUUUUCAAAAGGACUUCAGAGAAACUCCAGUGGAUUGAGCUUAGCCUUUGCUGUGGAGUAGAAAUGUCUUGAAAGAAAUGCUAAAGAUGCAUUCAGGAGCAUUGACCCUGGUAAGAAAAUGUCAUGGUGCAUUUGUGGAAGAGACCUCUUAAACAAGAUUUUUCUGAAUUGUUCUAGCACCUUUUUCCAGGAUUUAGAAGCAGAGCAGAGACAAUGGAGCAACAAGGUAUCGAUGGCUGAUAUUGGAUCCUUUGCAAGGUAUAAUUCAACAGAUGUUGAACAUCUGAUAAACAUAUAUCAUCAUGGUGGAUUGUCAGCUCUUCAAUCAAAGAUAGAGAAAAUAUCCAACACAUUUAAAAAUGUGAAGAUUAAUAUUGCAGUGAUGGGUGCAUCGGGUGUAGGGAAAUCCACUUUAGUCAAUGCACUGAGAGGCGUGGAUAACAAUGAUGAAGAUGCAGCUCCCAUUGAUAUUGUAGAAAGCACAAUGGAGCCCAAAUGCUACACACAUCCCACUGUACCCAAUGUGAUAUACUGGGACACCCCUGGAGUCGGCUCACUCAAGGUUAAAGUUAACAUGUUCCUCAAAGGUAUCAGGUUUGCAGAUUUUGACUUUGGUUUGCUUGUUAGUGAUCACCGCUUCAGAGAAGAAGAUGAAAUCCUGGUCAAAGUGAUGAAGAAGGCAGGUAAACCACUCUUCUUUGUGCGCUCGAAGAUCGACCAGUCUCUCUGGUCUGAGAGAAAGAAACCUGGUUACAGCGAAGAGCAAGUAUUUCAGAAAAUCAGGGAUUAUUGUUCCAGCUCAUUGGCCCAAAUGGGUAUGAAAGACGAACGUGUCUUUCUCAUAUCAUGUGAACAUCUGGAUAAGUAUGAAUUCCCUGAAUUGCGCAGUGCAGUGGAUGCUAUCCUACCAGAAACAAAGAGGAAUGUGUUUUUGUUCUCUCUACCAAACAGAUCCAUAGAUGUUAUCAAAAAGAAACAAAAAGGCCUGAAGAUAUUCAUCCAUGGGGUUGUUGCAGCCUCUGCAGGCUGUGGUGCCAUUCCAAUUCCAGGGCUAUCCCUAGCCUGUGACCUAGCCCUGAUUACCUCAGCACUGCUGUUCAUGCAUAACGUUCUGGGUCUGAAUACCUCCGCGAUUAAAAAGCUGGCUAAGUCCUUGGGAAAAUCUGUGAGUGAGCUGCGAGCUAACACCAAUGACACAUGGAUUUUUGAAGAGAUUAAUCCAAACCUGGUGAAGAUGUUGCUCAUGCGGAAUACCACCAUGUUGCUUCUAACAGCAGCCGAACCAGUCCUGGACUUUGUCCCAGUCUUUGGCACAAUCUUUGGGGUAACCUCAUCUGCUUAUGUAACCUACACUGUCCUGACUCAGGCACUGCAAGACAUGGUGAACGCUGCAAAAACAGUCCUAAUGAAUGCCCAUGACCUUGCUUAAAUCAUCAGCACCUGAUGAGGGAAAACAGGAAUACACAAGACUACAGCUUGUUGCAAAUAUAUUGCAGCUAAUCUUCAUGCUCAGUCCCCGCUCCUCAUCAUCCUAAGUUUACGUUCCUCAUCAUCCCAAGUGCUUGCUCCUCAGAAAUGGAGACACAGAAUACUGCAAAGAUUAUGGACCCUGACAACAUUUCACCAGUAGUACUGAAGACUUGUUUAAUGUUAUCCAUAUUUUGGUUAACAGAUGGCAAGUGGCAUUUGCUUCACACAAGCCAAGCAAUGAAACAAUCUAACCAGUAUCUCUUGACAUUCAAUGACAUUAUCAUUACUGAAUCGCCCACUAUCAAUGUCUUGGAAGUUGGCAUUGACCAGAAAAGGAACUGUUUUGUCAAAUAAACACAGUGGCUACAAGAGCAGGUCAGAGACUGGGAAUACUGUGGCAAGUAACUCCCCUCCUGACUCCCCGAA